UUUAUAUAUCAGUAAUUUCUUGCAUAGGAAACGAAAAUGUUUCAAUUGCUGUAACAGGCACUAAUAUGGAUCGCUUAUGCCGGCUUACUAGGGGACUUCGAAGUUAGGUAGUGGUGUGCUGCUGGAAGUAGAGAAUCAUGCCGACUGUCAGUAUAAAUCGUGAACUGCUUUUCCAGGCUCUUGGUCGGGAGUAUACUGAUGAAGAGUUUGAUGAAUUGUGUUUUGAAUUUGGUCUGGAGCUUGACGAGAUUACCUCAGAAAAGGAAAUAAUCGUCAGAGAACAAGGCAGUGACAAAGCUGAUGGAGCAUCAGAUGUUGUGCUGUACAAAAUUGAUGUUCCUGCCAAUCGCUAUGAUCUGUUGUGCUUGGAAGGCUUGGUCCGAGGGCUCCAGGUCUUCAAAGAAAGAUGUGAGGCUCCACGGUAUAGGAAGGUAACUCCAGCCAGUGGCGAGCAUCUUAAGCUAGUAAUUACAACUGAGACUGCCAAGGUCCGUCCCCAUGCUGUAGCUGCUGUCCUUCGCAACAUCACUUUCACCAAAGAACGCCUUGACAGCUUCAUUGACUUACAGGAGAAACUACAUCAGAACAUUUGCAGGAAACGAUCUUUAGUUGCAAUUGGUAUCCAUGACCUGGACACUAUUUGUGGACCAUUCACUUAUACUGCUCUACCUCCGGCUGAAAUCAAAUUCCAGCCUUUGAAUCAGACAAAGGAAUACACAGCUGCUGAACUCAUGCAGCUCUACAAGACUGAUGGUCAUCUUCGGCAUUAUCUUUACAUUCUUGAAAAUGAGCCACUUUAUCCAGUCAUCUAUGACAGUAAUGGAGUUGUUCUGUCUAUGCCACCAAUCAUCAAUGGUAAUCAUACAAAAACAUCCUUAAAGACUAGGAAUAUUUUUAUUGAAUGUACAGCCACUGAUCUUACUAAGGCCAAAAUAGUCCUGGAUAUUUUAGUUACAAUGUUCAGUGAAUACUGUCAAGAGUCAUUCACGGUUGAAGCAGCUGAAGUAAUGUACCCCAAUGAGAAAACCUACAUUUACCCAGAAUUGACUUACAGGAAGGAGAUACUGACAGCAGACUACAUAAAUAAAAAAGUGGGCAUCAGUGAAACGCCAGAAAGUCUUGCAAAACUCUUGACUCGGAUGUACUUGAAGUCGCAAGUUGUAGGUGAUGGAAGUGAGAUUGAAGUAGAAAUCCCACCAAACAGAGCUGACAUUAUUCACCCUUGUGACAUUGUGGAGGAUGCAGCAAUUGCCUAUGGAUAUAAUAAUAUUCAGAUGACUAUUCCAAAAACAUACACUAUAGCCAAUCAGUUUUCUCUAAGCAAACUGACAGAACUACUGAGACAAGAUCUGGCUGCUGCUGGAUUUACAGAGGCUCUUACCUUUGCCUUGUGUUCUAAAGAAGACAUUGCUGACAGACUAGGGAUUGGGAUUUCUUUAAGUGGAGCAUACCACUUGCCAUCCCCCCAUCCUUCAGCCUUUCAGGUAGCCCGCACUACACUCCUGCCUGGUCUGCUGAAAACCAUUGCUGCUAACAGGAAGAUGCCCUUACCUUUAAAGCUGUUUGAAAUAUCUGACAUUGUUCUGAAGGAUCCCAACACAGAUGUUGGUGCACGGAAUCAUAGGCAUGUAUGUGCAAUAUACUACAACAAAAAUCCUGGAUUUGAGGUCAUCCAUGGCUUGCUGGACAGGGUGAUGCAGUUACUUGAUGUUAAACCAGGCAGGGAUCAUGGAUACUACAUUCAGGCUGCUGAAGAUGUUUCCUUCUUCCCUGGUCGUUGUGCUGAAGUUUUUGCCAAAGGUCAGAGCAUUGGGAGACUUGGAGUCCUUCACCCUGAUGUUAUCACAAAAUUUGAGCUUACCAUGCCCUGUUCUGCUUUGGAAAUUACAGUUGAACCAUUUCUCUGAAGACUGCCUUUAGUUUUUUUCUUAUCCUUCAACCACUCUCUGGAAAGGGCAUCAGCCUUCACACUUUUAAAUAUUUAAUAAACCUGAAGAAUCAUGUGUCUGGCACUACAGUAAACACAGUCCUUUAUAUUGCAAUUAAGGCAGCAGCAUGAUGUCUUGGGGAUAAUAGUCAGCAGAUUGCCUUGCAGUUAUUAGUUCACGUCAUUACAUUAGCAGCAGCUUAACAGAUUACCAUCCAGAACACUGCUCCACAAUUGCUAAGCUUUCCUCUAGCUGCAAAAAAAUGCUGCUGUUUGGACUUUUCUUUUAUAAAGGGAUGUAUUAUUUCAAGAGAGAGAAUAAAAAACAAUAUCCCUUC